AUGGCAUUCUUCUCAAACCUUUGGCACCGCAUCUGGGACACGGUUCUCGACAACCGCAACAAGCUGACAACAACCGGCGGCUUCUUACUGGGCAUCAUCGCCACGAUAGGGUUCAAAGACCUAUAUCCAGAUCUCGAAGCACACUUUCGCCGGCGCAUGCGUAAUCUGCGAGGUCAGGACAUCCCGCAUCCUUUACCUGGGCAGCCGGACUAUGUUCGCCUCGAAGACCAUACAGGACGGAAGUCGAGCUUGAUCCCAUCAUCUGGCGUUGAUCCGAGACGCACGACGCAGCAUGAGAUUGCUAUGGGCGUUGAAGGGUUAAUAGGCAAUACGCCUCUAAUCAAGCUGAAGGCGUUGAGCGAAGCUACAGGGUGCGAGAUAUUAGGGAAGGCCGAGUUUCUCAAUGGCGCUGGAAACUCGCCCAAGGACCGCGUGGCACUGUCAAUGAUCAAUCAUGCCGAGGAGGAAGGACUGAUCAAGCCUGACCGUGGCGACACGAUCUACGAAGGCACUGUUGGGUCGACUGGUAUCUCACUGGCUGCUGUCUGCAGAGCUCGAGGUUACAAGGCGCAUAUAUGCAUGCCUUCGGACGUCGCAGUCGAAAAGUCAGAUCUCCUGCUCAAGCUCGGUGCCACCGUCGAGCGUGUAAAGCCAGCCUCAAUUGUCGACCAAGACCAGUUCGUGAAUGCGGCACGAAGGCGCGCCAGAGAGCAUACCGACGACCCUAACAAGCCCGGCCGUGGCUUCUUCGCCGAUCAAUUCGAAAACACCGCGAACUACAUCGCCCACCAGAACACGACCGGCCCUGAAAUCCUCGAGCAGACCGACGGCGACCUCGCCGCAUUCAUCGCGGGCGCAGGUACAGGCGGCACAAUCUCCGGUGUUGCUCUGGCCCUCAAACCUCGCAUUCCAGGUCUCAAAGUCGUCCUAGCUGAUCCGCAAGGCUCUGGCCUUUACAACAAAGUCAAGUUCGGCGUCAUGUUCUCCCCCACUGAGGCCGAAGGCACCCGGCGUCGGCACCAAGUCGACAGCAUCGUGGAAGGCAUCGGCGUCAACCGGGUCACGGCGAACUUCAGCGCGGGCUUCCACCUGAUCGACGAUGCUGUCAAAGUCAGCGAUGCGCAAGCGAUGCGGAUGGCGCGGUGGUUGGUGGAGAAGGAGGGGCUGUUUGUGGGCGCGAGCAGUGCCGUCAAUCUCGUAGCGGCAGCGCAGGUGGCGAAGGGGAUGGAGAGGGGAGCGAGGAUCGUGACUGUGAUUUGUGAUUCGGGGACGAGACAUUUGAGUAAGUUCUGGAAAGAGGCGGGAGAUGUUGGGGGUGAAGGGGUGGGGUAUUCGUUGGAAGAUAUCCUAAGCAUGAAGUAA